ACUUGCUAGAGCAUGGCAUCAUCUGCAUUCUUAAAUGUAUUCUGUGUUUUUUUUCUCUAAUAUAAAUUUUUAGCCUUAUCUUUUUCAACAUCCAAUCCAAACUAAAGCCGAAAGUAUCGAACUCUGUGUCUGAUAAAACUUGAAGCAAUUUUGUUCUGAUAAUAAUAUAUCAUCCCUUUGAUCAAAUUGAUGAUGUUCUUCUCAUCCCCAAUACUCUACUCCUUUACUCUUUUGCUUUCUCUUCUCCUCAUCUACCAAAUCCUUCCUCCCCAAAUCUCCAUCGAUGAAGAACUUGAUGAUUUAUCUCUGUUUAGAAAAGCUCUUGAGCCUAGCAAAAAGAUCUCACAUUUAGCCACCAAAAAUCCCACCCCAAAAAUUGCUUUCCUUUUUCUUACCAACUCUGAUCUCACCUUUGCUCCUCUAUGGGAACGCUUCUUCCAUGGCAAUACUCAUCUCUUCAAUAUCUAUGUCCACGCAGACCCAUUUGCACAAGUUUCAAUCCCUGAUUCUGUGAUUUUCAAAACCCAAUUCAUUCCAAGCAAAAGAACUGAACGAGGAUCUUCAUCUUUGAUUUCUGCCGAGCGUAGGCUUCUUGCUCGUGCCAUUCUUGAUGACCCUUUAAACUUUUAUUUUGCUCUUGUAUCUCAGCAUUGUAUUCCUCUCCAUUCCUUCAAGUAUAUGUACGGUUCUCUCUUCGGCACCACCAGCAAUUUCCGAGCAGCUUUUGCAGCCCAAUCGCGGCAUAAAAGCUUCAUUGAAAUCCUCUCUGAAGAUCCCAAUUUGCAGGAUCGGUACAAUGCUAGAGGAGAGAACGCCAUGUUACCGGAAGUACCAUUCGAGAAAUUCAAGGUGGGAUCUCAGUUCUUCGUCUUAGCAAAACGGCACGCCGUUCUUCUUCUUAAAGAUAAGAAACUGUGGAGAAAGUUUAAACUUCCUUGCUUGAACUUAGAUUCUUGUUACCCAGAAGAGCACUACUUCCCUACUCUUCUAUCAAUGGCGGAUCCGAGAGGUUGCAGCCAUUACACGCUGACGAAUGUGAAUUGGACUGGAAGCUUCGAUGGGCACCCAUAUUUGUACCAGGGGGAGGAGAUUUCACCGGAGUUAGUGUACAGAUUAAGGCAGUCGAAUUCAAGUUAUUCAUACUUUUUUGCGAGGAAAUUCUCGCCGGAAUGCUUGCAGCCGCUGAUGGAUAUUGCAGAUGACGUCAUUUUCCGGGACAAAAAGUGAGCAGAAAAGAUGGAUCCAGAGGUCAAAGGAGUAUAUAUAUAUAUAUAUAUAUAUAUAUAUAUAUAUAUAUAUAUAUAUGGAAUUAUGGAGGUCUACGAUUUGGAGUGUAGAGAGGAUGGGACGUUUCAGUGUGUGCUCGCCCUCGUUGUGUAAUAGAAUAUUCCAACAAAUUGUAUAUAGUAACAAAGACAACACUUGUGCUUUUAAACGGUGAGUGUAUAUUA